CUAAGACCUGUUCUUGUACACUGCAUACCAUAUAACAAGAUGCGCCAGCAGAAAACUGUCGACAAGAGUUUGUGCAAACCCCUCCUCACUCCAGCUAACGAUGCGCUAUGAGUACGAUUAAUGUAGGACAGCAGGACUAGUUGUCAUUGCAUCAGGAGGAAUCGAACGCAAUAUCACAUAUCACAGGAAAAACGCAGAUGGGAGUUAUUUCAGCUCGCAUCAUCGCUUUCUUCUUCUGAUCCUCGAGGGGUUCUACUUUGCAAUGUCAUCCAAUACCUCCAGCCUCGAUCUUUGCAAGACUUUCAAUAGGAGAAGGCCGAAGAAUGAUCAACUCAUGCCCAUGAUCAAUCACGAUAUCAUAUCACAUUAUCGGUCUCGGAGAAGACCGAUAAAGCGAUAAGGCGUCAAGGGAAGCUGGAAACAUCAUCCAUCUUUCUCUCAGCCGACAACUGAUUCGUGGCGAGUUAUUCGCGAGAUAGAUUCAGAAGAUGGAACCGAUUGUCCAUAACACAUCACUGCCUUCGUUCUCCUGGUUUUUAUUUCCUCAUAUUGUCAAUCACUCGCUGUUGGACCUUCACAUCCCAAUAUCGCCCCGGUUGCGAAAGAUAUGACUACCACUAGAACCCCAAAACUUGGUGUUCUGCAGCUCAAAACCACAUUUCCCCGUCCCCCCGGGGACGUUGGUCAUCCCGCUUCAUGGGGCGAUAUACCCGUCGUCAUCCGAGUAGUAGAAGAAGCUGUUAGCACGCUUGUUGUUGGGGGGACAUGGGGUAAGGAUUUAGUGGAUGCCUUUGUUCGCGAAGGUACGAAGAUGAUUGAGGAAGAUGGAUGUGUUGCUUUUGUUACAAGCUGUGGUUUCUUGGCGACAAUGCACCCUUGCCUUGCAAACAGACUACCUUUCAUGGGCACUACCAGCUUGCUUCAGGUCGCAUGGCUUCAACAGAGUUUCUUCCCCGGUUUGAACUCGAAAGAUUCAGUCGGAGUAGUGACAUUCAAGAAAAGUGCUCUGACUGUCAAACACCUCACCAGCGUUGGUGCUCAUCCGGAAACACCGGUAUAUGGCCUCCCAGAAGACCCAAAGACAGCCAUUUUCCGUGGAGUCUUGGACGAGCGUAUCCCUUAUGACUACGAAGGCAUGGAGAAGGAAGUCGUAGAUGCGGCCCUUGUUCUUGUCAAGAACCACCCUAAAGUCAAGGCUAUCGUUUUAGAGUGUACCAAUAUGCCACCAUUUACUCAUGCUGUGGAGAAGGCGACAGGGUUAAGGGUAUGGGAUGUGCUGACCCUUGGCAAAUGGCUUUACGCCGGGGCAGUACCCAAGGAUUAUAGAGUUUAACUUGUUUUAUCUGUAUGUAUCUGUUGCUUUC